UCGAGUAAUUUCUACGAAUGAUUUAUUUUCAAGCUAAUACCAUCAUCAAAGAGAUAUUUGAUGAAAGAGUAAAUAUCCCACGACAUAUUUUUGAGUUUGUGGCUUAUGAUCAAUUUGACGGACGUUCAACAAAGUGCUUAGCAGAUAUUAUUGGUGUUGUUGUUGGCUCUCGACGUCCAGUUGUCGUCGGUGACAAAUCCUUAAAUUGUAUGAAGUUAUACCUUCAAGAUUUAAGUGAUAGGUUAAUAAUUGUUAGUUUGUGGGACAAGUUUGUUUCUGAAUUUGAAGAGAAGUGCUUAACUUUGAGAAACGAACCUCGAGUUGUUAUACUUACUUCUUUAAAAGCGAAGAGUUUUCAAGGUGAGAUCUCACUUUCUACCUCAAAAUCAACUAAAAUUUACAUAGACGAGACAAUUUCAGAAAUAAUUCAAUUCAAGUCAAGUUUAGUGCAUAGGUUGUCGAGUGGAUCUAAUUCUUCCAAGUUUAAAAAAACAAUUGCCGAGAUGAAACAGCUUUAUCAAUCAGCUAUCAACAAGGGUGAGUCCUAUUUGGUUACAGCUACUGUUGUUGACAUACGAACUGGUUAUGGAUGGUGGUAUGCAUCUUGUGGUGGUAUAUGUAGGAAGAGGGUUGUUCCUACGGAAAGCUCUAUGUUAUGUCCUAAUUGCAACAAACUUGUUCAAUGUCCUCAACCAAGAUUUCGUGUUUACGUUGAUGUGGAAGAUUUGAAUGGGUCUGCAACCUUUCUCUUGUUUGAUGAUGUUGUUUCUAACUUUUUGAAAGUCACCGCCGGUGAAUUGGUUUCUUCUCAAUCAAAUGAAAACACUGAUGAUUAUGUCUUACCCCCUGUGUUAAGCAACCUCAUUGGAUCAAGCUUUGAUUUUGAAUUAAGAGCUGGUUGUCAAAAAAAUUAUGGUGAUCUUAAGCAUUUUGUUGUUAGUGGAAUGAGUGGGAUUACAAUUGCAUCUACUAACUUGAAAAAGAUUGAAGCAAGUGUUUCUAAUUCAUUGAUUGAUGGUUCAACUAUUAAGCAUGCUGGCAAAGGGGAAGGUUUUGAGAUAAAGUAUACUUCUAAGGAAAUGGCUGAUCCUCAGUUACUUGAUGUAGACGUGGUUGAGCAAAGGGUCGCGAAGAAGAGAAAAAAAGGGGUUGUUGAUAUGGCUACUUCGGAUGAUUCUCUUACUUCCAACGGUGUUGACGUGAAUGAUAGAUAAAUUGUUGAUUACUUCUUUACAGGUUAUAGCGUUCUAUUCUAUACUAUUUUGGUAUUGUUUGAUUUGGUUACUUUGGAUGAUUCUUUUGCUUCCAAUGAUGCUUAUUUAACUAUGGAUAAAUGGUUGGCUAUUUUUUAAAGGGUUAGUGUCA